AUGGCUAGCCUUACCGAGUUCAAAUCGCAAAACUCGGACACAUAUCCAGACGACGACGACGCCUCGACUAUUAGCAAGGGAGAUGCUGCCGACGUGACCACGGCGCUCCUCCGUUCUGCAUCUCCUCUGGGGCAGCCAGAAAUUAGGAAAAGGUUCUGGUUCUCAAGGGGUGAAGUUGGCGACUCAGAGGCUGUUGCGACACAGCGGAGCAAUAUCGACCACGUCCAGAAUGGGAAAACCUCCAUCGAUUCAACCCCAAGGCCCGGUGGACAUGGGCUGAGGAGCGCCGUCUAG